AUGGGAAACGACGACCUGCUUACCGACGACCAUGUCGCAGAUCUCCUUGCAAAAGAAGCCAAGGAUUGCUCCUUGAAAUACUCCACCAUGGGAAUGGAAGCCUACACCUCAUCGCCCUCCAGCUCAAGACCAGCCAACAAGGCGAAGCCCAACACCCGAUUUCUGCGGAACAUCAUCAAGGGCACCGAACAUCACAACAAGACGCUCACGGCGAAGGAACUCGCCGACUCGCAAGCGCGCUUGAAAGAGCUUGCCGACACAGAAGAAGAGAAGCGCCGAAGGUACAAACCCAGUGCCAACGAGAUCCGUGGCCGUCAGCUGGGAAACAUCGCAGCCCUGCUACAGGGGCAGCCGGCCCAGAAGAGGAAGCGUACCGCAGCGACCGAGGAAGAAACCACAGAUCUACAAAAGGCUCGGGCCGCAGAGGAUGCGCGACGACUUGCCGACACGGCGGCCGCUCGAAGACGAGCGCGCGACAAGGACGGCAAGCGGAGGAGGUCGCUGGAGAGGUACAAUGCGCGUAGAGGCCAUGACGACGAUGGGAAGGACCGGUCCAGGCGGGCGAAUACGUCUUCUGGCGAUGAGGACCGGGCAGCGGACGAUCGAAAGAGGAGGCAUCGGUCUCGAUCUCCCAAGAGCAGCUCGAGGAAACAUCGCCAGCGAUCGCCGCUGAGGGGCAAAGAAAAGGAAAGGAGCACGCACGGAACGUCCAACCGAUCAGAUGACACUACGGAGCGAGUAGACAAAUCGUCGCGGCGUGCAAAGAACGAGGAUGAGGAUGCAGACUCAGACCCACUCGAGGACCUGAUCGGCCCAGCACCUCCCCCGAAGAUGCCUCGAGGCCGCGGGGCGCUACGCGGAGUCUCGGGCAUGGACAGCAGAUUCUCCUCCGACUAUGACCCGAAGUCCGACGUGCAGAUGGAAGAUGAGGACGGCCGCGAUGACUGGGACGACGCCCUGGAAGCCCUAAGGGAUAGGGCCCGUUACAGGCAGCAGGGUGCGGAUAGGUUACGCGAAGCUGGCUUUAACGAGGACCAGAUCAAGAAGUGGGAGAAGGGCGACGAGAAGAGCAUUGAAGACGUGCAAUGGACCAAAGCGGGGGAGAAGCGGGAAUGGGAUCGCGGUAAAGACGACGACCAGGAGGUCGACGAUUGA